UUUGUGUGUGUGUGUGUGUGUGUGACGUCACGGGCUCGUCCUCCUGCAGGGACGUGUGAGGAAGAGGAGGAGGAGGAGGAGAAGUUAGGAGGAGGACAGACUCUGGACCUCAGUUUGAUCUUCCUCUCCGGUGCAGACAUGUUGGACACCCUCACCUUCCUCCUGGAGAGACUCUUCCUCCUGGCUCACAUCAAGCUCUCCUCCCGUCUGCCUCCGCCGCUCUCCGGCCGCUGUGACCGGGACGACGCUCCGCCGCAGCCCGCCGCUCCUCCGCACAGGUUCCAGCGGGGAGACCUGCUGGAGGUGCCGCGGACCCUCUUCACCCACUUCGGCAUCUACCUGGGCGAGAACCGGGUGGCGCACAUGAUCCCGGACAUCCUGCCGGUGCUGACGGCGGAGCGGCGGCAGAUCCAGGAGAUGGUGACGAACACGCGGCUGCUGCUCGGGGUCCUCUCCAAGCGCGCCUCCGUGCGCGUGGACUUGGUGGAGGAUUUCGCGUACGGAGCCGUGAUCCGGCUGAACGCCAUGGACCUGGCGGUGCUCCGCAUCCCGCUGCCCGGGGAGGAGGUGGCCCAGCGGGCGGAGCUGAUGCUCGGCUCCCUGUCCUACAGCCUCCUCUGGAACAACUGCGAGCACUUCGUCACGCACUGCCGCUACGGGAGCGCGCUGAGUCUGCAGACUGACCAGUUCUGUGAGUGGCUGAAGUUGCUGAUCCUGGACCAGCGUAACGUCCUCCUGACGGCUCUGCUCGGCCUCCUGUCCAUGGUGUGUUUGGGAAUAUCCUUCAGCACGGCCCUGCCCACCCUCCUCAUCCCCUUCACCCUGUGGAUGGCCAGUUAGAAACUUCAGGUCGCCAAGGAAACAGGCCCAGCCUCCGACAGAGAGGACGGAGUCGUCUGCAAACGAUCUCCUCCACGUGAAGAACUCGAUGGUGACAGAAGCUAAAUCCACUUGUAGCUCUUUGUUUCUGCUGCACAUGAACUUUUUUAACGUCUGUUUGCUUAGAAUUAACAGCAGAGGAACAAAACUAGCAAUUCACAUUAGCAGUAUUAGCCACCAGGACUGGACUGAUAGAUAAAAGAAGACAAAGAAGAAAAACAGUUAGUUUGAAGUGUUACAAAGUUUUAAAGUUUCGUGGAUUUCGCAACUUGAAACUUUGACGUUAAACGGACCAAAGAUCAACUUUAGGAAAAUUUUAAUUUCCUUUUUCCCCCAGGUUUUUAUGAAAAUGUUUCAUAUUUUUCUGCCAGAUGAAACCUGAUAAUGUCAGAAUUCUUCGCAGCUAGAUUUGGUCUUGAUUGGCCGUCAGAUUCGUCAAAUCAGGUUUGUUCAUUUUGUCAAAAGCUGAAACAAGUCAAGGUCGUUUGACUGAAUGAUGCUGUCAGCCAAUCAGACACCAGUGUUUAUUAUGCUACGUGUUCGUUUCAGCUCUUAAACGAUCAGUCUGGUGUUUUUCUGUAUUGUUAAUAUUGUAAAAAAUAACGACGUGUUUGUCCACCUCAGUGAAGUGGGAGAUGUCGAGGACUAGUUGAAGCGGUGGAUUAAUCUACACGUCAGGUUUUGAUUCUUGUUCGUGGGAAACCUCGAUGGUGGUUUGUGUUUUAACAUGAGAUUUAUUGACAAGAACAAAUAUACAAAUAAUCACUGGUUCAGUUCAUUAAUUCCACCUUAAAUUUUCAUGUUUUAAAUGAAAUAUCGAACAUUCUCAGUCUUCUACACAUGAAAUAACAAGGUUUGAGGUUUUUAUUCAGCGUGUGUGGCUCAGCAGUGUUUCAACAUUAACAACUUGAAAUUGAGUUAGAAAAACACAAAAUCAGUUGCGUCCAUCUUGACUGUACACAACAGUACAACAGUAAUAAUAAUACGUUUCUUUAAACUGUUGCCUUCCGUCCCUGAAGCUCUUCUGUAAAUAUCUGUAAAUAUCUUUGUCGACCUGAUUGUUUCUAUUGUUGUCACAAGCUUCUGUACAGAAUGUUCUUUUUUUACAAUGCUGUAACACUUUAUACCGUCUUUAUGUAAAUAAAAGAAACGGAGAUAA